AUGCCUCCACGAAGAGUGAACAGAGAUACACCCGAGAAUGAGGAAGAACCCAGAGAACCUACACCGCCGUCUCCACCUCAAGAUAGGAGAGUGGAAGAACUUUUCCUAAGACAGAACCCACCGACUUUCGCAGGCACGGGAGACCCUGCUGAAACGGAAGAAUGGAUUCGUGCUAUGGAACGAAUCUUUCGAUUUUUGAGAUGCAACGACGCACAACGUCUUAUGUGCGUGUCUUACCAGCUGAAAGGAACCGCCGACUAUUGGUGGGAAGCAAAGCAGAAAACUAUGACCCCGGAGCAGUUAGAUGAACUCACUUGGGAGCUUUUUAAGACUGCUCUAUGUGAGAAGUUCAUACCCAGAAGCUAUAGGAAAAAGAAGGAGAUGGAGUUUACCACCUUAAAGCAAGGGAAUAAAACUGUAGUGGAGUACGAUCGACUAUUCUGCAAUCUGGCCCGAUAUGCACCGUAUAGAGUGGAUACGGAUGAGAAGAUGUCCGAGUUAUUUUGCGCCGGACUGCGACAAGAGAUAAGAGUUGUAUUGGCAAGUCAAACGGCACUUUCCUACGCCGAGGCCUUGAACAGAGCUCUAGAUAUGGAGCUAGCAAUGCAACCAGAGAAAACAACACACACACCAACGCCUCCAUCAGCUCAAUAUACGCAAGUAUCAAACACUCCCUACUCUAACCAAGGACAGAAAGGAAAACGCAAAUGGGAAAAUCGUGGAAAUGAGGGUAAAAAGCCAUGGCAAGGUCAGAAUGUCCAGGCUCCAUUCGUGAAAGGCGAUAAAUUAUUUUAUGGUGGACCAGCGACCUCACACCCCGGACACCAAGGGAUACCCCCUUGUCCUAAGUGCAACAAGUUACACACAGGAGUGUGCAGAGCUGGAAACCCAAAUUGUUUCACUUGUGGGAAACCAGGGCAUUACUCGAGCCAGUGCCCCAACCGACAGCAAGGGAUGAGUGGAGGAAGACCCAAUCAGUUUCCAACCCCACAACUCAGAGCAAUGGAAGGAAUUCUUCCUCUACCUCAACCACUACAGCAACAACCUUUUCGCCGUCCAAACCAGCCUCAUAAGCAGCUACCUGCACCGCAAGCAGGAAUACCACCGCAAUAUCAAAGGAUGUAUGCUAUCAAUAAGAAGAAUCAGGAUAAGAACCAAGGAAACUUAACAGGUAUUGGGGAACUGAAAGGUGUACCCAUUGUUAUUCUCUUUGAUACUGGAGCAUCACAUUCUUUCAUCUCAUAUACUUGUGUGGAUACGUUAGAGCUGAAUCUUAAGGCUAAGACGUUGAGACUUCUGCGCAUGUGGACCACAGACAUCAUUUUGGGAAUGGACUGGUUAGCAGAACACCAUGCGGUGAUACAAUGCGAGCAGAGACGGAUAUCAUUCCAGCCACCUGGCCUGGAACCUACAUGUUUUUAUGCCAUCAAUAGGAAAUGGAAGAAGACACCUAUCAUCUCUGCAGUGCAAGCGAACAAGAUACUAAAGGAAAAGGGCGCGACAGCAUAUUUAGUAUACUUGAGCCAAGAAGAGGAAGCACAAAUAAAGAUUGAAGAUGUACCUAUAGUGCGGGAGUAUCAAGACGUUUUCCCUGAUAUUCUACCAGGUCUACCCCCGAACCGACAAUUGGAAUUCACAAUCGACUUGGAACCUGGAGCAGCACCAAUAUCCAAAGCACCAUAUAGGAUGAAAGACGGAAGUUUAAGAUUGUGUAUCGAUUACCGGGAAUUAAACAAGGUGACCCUAAAGAAUAAGUAUCCUUUGCCACGUAUAGACGAUUUGUUUGAUCAACUUCGAGGAGCACGCACUUUCUCAAAGAUAGAUUUAAGGACAGGGUAUCACCAAUUGAGGAUACGACCUGAGGAUAUUCCAAAGACAGCAUUCCGCACGAGAUACGGACACUAUGAGUUCAUAGUGAUGCCUUUUGGAUUAACAAAUGCCCCCGCCGUAUUCAUGGAUCUCAUGAAUCGAGUGUUUCACGAAUAUUUGGAUCAAUUCGUGUUGGUAUUCAUAGACGACAUCUUGAUUUACUCGAAGAAUGAGAAGGAUCAUGAAGAGCACCUUAGAACUGUGCUAGAGAAGCUAAGAGCUGAAAAGCUUUAUGCUAAGUAUAGCAAAUGUGAGUUUUGGCUACGAGAAGUCAAUUUCUUAGGCCACGUCAUUUCAGCUGCAGGAAUCAAAGUGGAUCCUGCCAAAGUUCAAGCAGUGCAAGAAUGGAGAUCACCAACGACACCUCACGAGAUUCGUAGCUUCCUAGGAUUAGCAGGCUACUACCGUCGUUUUAUACAAGAUUUCUCCAAAAUAGCCAAGCCUAUAACUCAUCUGCUCAAGAAAGAAGUCAAAUUCUUGUGGACAGACGAAUGCGAACAAAGCUUUCAAGAAUUGAAGAAGAGGUUGACCACCGCCCCAGUACUAGCCGUUCCAGAAGCAAACAAGGAAUAUACCAUAUAUACAGACGCAUCAAAGAAAGGACUAGGUUGUGUACUGAUGCAAGAGGGAAAGGUAAUAGCUUAUGCCUCGCGACAGCUUAGGCCACAUGAAGCAAAUUACCCGACACAUGACCUAGAGCUAGCAGCAGUAGUGCACGCAUUGAAAAUUUGGAGACACCACCUUUAUGGAGUAAGAUGUGAAAUUUACACCGACCAUAAGAGUCUCAAAUAUUUCUUUGAACAGAAGGAUCUGAAUAUGAGACAAAGAAGAUGGCUAGAAUUGGUCAAGGACUACGAUUGUGGAAUCAAUUAUCAUCCAGGCAAAGCCAACGUCGUGGCAGAUGCCUUGAGCAGAAUGGAACGAGCCAAGUUAGGAUGUAUCCUAACCAAGGAGAAUGACUUGGUUAGGGAAUUCGAAAGGUUAAGGUUGGAAGUGGUAUUUCCACCGCAAACCACAGAUUUGAUCAUGGCGACACUCAGUGUUACCCCCGAUCUAAGAUCAAGGAUUAGUGGAAAUGGGACCACAUUGCCAUGGACUUUGUCACUGCCUUGCCAAAGUCGAAUAGAGGGAAUACCGCCGUUUGGGUGA